CGGUGAGUUGUCGCUGGGUCUCACAUAGCUGUGGAUAGAGCAGCAGUAAUGUGGUCGCGGGAAAGAGGGACAUGGCUGAAGCGGAGAACUUGGCCUGCGCCUGGGUCCACACAACGGAGGCGGCCGGCAUCGGACAUCAACCAGACCUUCGAGGAGCUGUAUGUGAGAGAGAGAGAGAGAGAGAGGGGGCGAGAGAGAGGGAUGGAGGGAAAUAGUCAGGGGGUGGAAAUAGUGAGCCUGUAUCUGAGGGAAUAAUGGAGGAAGGGCUUUCAAUGGACCUUGGCACUCUGUGCCCACAUAGAAGGCUGGAAUUCUUAGUUUAAACCGAAUGCAGUUAUGGAAUUCUGUCAUUCUGCAAAGCAUUUAUUUAUUUGUGAAAAAUCUAUAAAUUAUAUGCAAAACUCUCCACAAAACCCCCCAGCAAAUUAAAGGGACACUAUAGUCACCUGAACAACUUUAGCUUAAUGAAGCAGUUUUGGUGUAUAGAACAUGCCCCUGCACCCUCACUGUUCAAUCCUCUGCCAUUUAGGAGUUAAAUCCCUUUGUUUAUGAACCCUAGUCACACCUCCCUGUAUGUGACUUGCACAGCCUUCCAUAAACACUUCCUGUAAAGAGAGCCCUAUUUAGGCUUUCUUUAUUGCAAGUUCUGUUUAAUUAAGAUUUUCUUAUCCCCUGCUAUGUUAAUAGCUUGCUAGACCCUGCAAGAGCCUCCUGUAUGUGAUUAAAGUUCAAUUUAGAGAUUGAGAUACAAUUAUUUAAGGUAAUUUACAUCUGUUUGAAAGUGAAACCAGUUUUUUUUUUCAUGCAGGCUCUGUCAAUCAUAGCCAGGGGAGGUGUGGCUAGUGCUGCAUAAACAGAAACAAAGUGAUUUAACUCCUAAAUGACAGUGAAUUGAGCAGUGAAAUUGCAGGGGAAUGAUCUAUACACUAAAACUGCUUUAGCUAAAGUAAUUUAGGUGACUAUAGUGUUCCUUUAAUAAUGCCAGCAGGCAUCAGAGCUAUUAGAAUUAUAUUGGAGUCCAGAGUGUCCCUCUCAAAUUGCCCAUGGUAUUCAGCUACUUUUUUUUUUUUUUUUAAAUUUAAAAUGGCCUGUUCAGGCGGGUCUAGUUGUCUUUAAAAGUAGAUCUCCUAGGUCAACUCCUGACAAUUUGUGGUUUCCUGAAUAAUCUAUAUCCGCUGUGAGACCUCACUCCAGAAGAAGACUUCCUUAUCAACUUUACUUGCACCGCUCAUUCAAUGGCAACAAUGAGUGAGACACUUGUUAAGCAGCACUGUCACCAUCUAGGGACUUUAACGAAUUUACAAAGUCCCCUGACUAUGAUAUCGCUGCUGGUGUGUCACCGUCCAGGGACUUUGCCGAAUUUACAAAGUCCCCUGACAGUGACAUCGCUGUUGGUGUUUCGAUGGCUGUUUGGGUUAGGUAUGGGUGAGAUUACUUACCUGAACUUGUUGCUCGUGGGCACUGCCAUCUUGAUCACGCUGCUCCUCUUAAAGCGCCAGGAGCCGAUAUCACUGCUGUACUCUUGGCCAUGUGUUAGAGUACAGUAUUAAGGUCUAUAGGGAAUCCCACGACACUGCGAAAUCCUUGCAGCUGUCACUGAUGACUGCUGCAGGGAUUGAAAUUUAGGUGCAGCCAUGUGUCGAGAGGUCAAGCAGAGGAGAAAUACAGAGAUAAAGUAGUCUGUAUAUUUCUUGACAUGAUUGGUAAUGAAAUUCCAACACUGUCAUAAUGCGUAUCUUUAUGAAAUACAAAUAUGGGUGUGACAGUGCCGCUUAAAGGACCACUAUAGUGCCAGGAAAACAAACUCGUUUUCCUGGCACCAUAGGGUCUUUAGGUCCCCCCCACUCCUGCUGGGCUGAAGGGGUAAAACCCCUUCAGCCACUUGCCUUUCUCCAGCGCCAGGCUGGUGACCUCUCCUGCCGACGUCCGCACUGAACACGCAUGCGCUGCAAGAGCACUUAUCAAUGCUUUCCUAUGGAUGUCCAGCUUCUUCUCACUGUGAUUUUCAGUGAAAAGCGCCUCUAGCGGCUGUCAGGGAGACAGCCACUAGAGGCUGGAUUAACCCUCAGUGAAACAUAGCACUCUGGAACUGCUAUGUUUUCAGCUGCAGGGUUAAAACUAGAGGGACCUGACACCCAGACCACUGCAUUGAGCUGAAGUGGUCUGGGUGCCUAUAGUGGUCCUUUUAAAAUCACUACACGACUGCAGACAGAUUAAAAUAUAUAUAAUUGGCCAAGGGCAUCCUGAAUUUUCGGUUUCGGCCCAGAAUGUUUAUUUUUUUUGUGUGUGUAUAUAUCUAUAUCUAUCUCUCUCUCUAUCUCGAUCUCUGUGUCUGCAGUCAUGUAGUGAUUUUAAAAGGACCACUAUAGGCACCCAGACCACUUCAGCUCAAUGCAGUUGAAUUUUUAAUUUCUGUGGAUCCCUAGUGUGUGUGUGUGUGUGUGUGUGUGUGUGUAUAUAGAGAAAAAAGUCAUUUUCGUGUGUGUGUUGAAAAUGACUUUAAAAUAGGUUGUUCUUUUUUUCCCCCUAUAAUUUUAUUAUUAGACUUUUUUUUUAAUUAAAUUAAACAAGCAGUUUGAAUUUUGAAUCUAAAAGCAGUGCUUUAGAAGGAAAAUACAUGAAAACCAUUAAGCUCACAUAGGUUGUUAUGCAGUCAGAAUACCAAGUACUGAGCGUGUUAUAGAAUGUAUCCCUAUACACAAAGGGUGGCUCUGCACACAUGCAAGCACUGUCCACAAGGUAAAGAAAAAUUUAAAAAGUUAUAUACUGCACAUUGAAUGAAUAACCACCAAUAUGUUCAUUGCAGUACACAGCCAUAUAAUGAAUGAAAAGGGAAACAAGUGUAUAUUACAUACAUAAAUAUAUAUUUUUGAUCAAAGUACGCUGAUCAGUCUUUUCAGUUAGGAUUGCAUAGGAACACAAAACAUAAUGUUUACUCUUGUAAUGCAAUCACUCUAUGUUCAAAGAACUCUAAAUGAACAGUACUGUAUACAGAUUGGGGUGGACUAUGCUGGAUAAACAGGAAGCACUGCUGUGCACGGCUCUGGGUAUUCUGUAAACACGCAAACCUUUACAUGUACUUGGCUGAUCUACACAGCACUGGAUAUACUACAGACAAAACUACAUGAACACUAAUGUAAUCCUAUGUAUAGUAGCCAACACAAAAUGCAUUUGGAAUACUGUAUUUCAUAUUUGGUAAUCCCCAUGUUGGCACAGCACUGGUUAUAUCACAAGCAUUUAAAAGCUUUUUUUCAAUUGUAGCCUCCCAUGCUGUGAAUUUGGAAUCUGCAGGCAUGUAACACUUACUGUACACAGCACAGGACUCUUUGUAGAUGAUCAUGGACACAGCACUGUUUAUAUACAGCAUGUGAGUCUUUGUACUGGAUUAUCAUGGACAUAGCACCGAGUAUACAGCAAUACUAUAAUAACCCUUAGUACACAGGGUGGUGUGCAUAACACUGGGUAUACACACCCCUUGGCCCCCCCAGGGUGCCCGAGCUAGUUACCUUGGCUCUUUUUUUCUCUUGCUGGUUUUCCAGCCCUCGGAAAUAUUUUAUUUUUGACUUAAAGGGACACUCUAGUCACCAAAACAACUUCAGCUUAAUGAAGCAGUUUUGGUGUGUAGAUCAUGCCGCUGCAGUCUCAGUGCUUAGUUCUCUACAAUUUAGGAGUUAAAUCACUUUUUUAUGCAGCUCUAGUCACACCUCCUUGCAUGUGACUUACACAGCCUUCCAUCACUUCCUGCAAGGAGUCAUCUAAUGUUUACACUUCCUGUAUAGAAAUACUGUUUAAUUUGAAUUUCUUAUCUCUUGCUCUGUUAAUAGCUUUCUAGACUCUGCAGGAGCCUCUUGUAUGUAAUUAAUGUUUGAUUUACAGAGCAGGAAAUAAAAACUUUGUAACCCCUUAAGGAUAGAUGACGUGUGACAUGUCAUGAUUUCCUUUUAUUCCAGACGUUUGGUCCUUAAGGGGUUAAAGGGACACUAUUGUCACCAGAACAACUACAGCUUAAUGUAGUUUUUCUGGUGAGUAUAAUAGCUCCCUUCAGGCAUUUUCAUUUAAACAAUGCCUUUUCAGAGAAAAGACAGUGUUUACAUUGCCCCUAUGGACACCUCCAAGUGGCCACUCCUUAGAGUAAGCAGCCCUGCCGUCCAGCGUCCCCACGCUCUGCAUGGAGACGCUGAAUUUUUCUCAUAGAGAUGCAUUGAUUCAAUGCAUCUCUAUGAGGAGGUCCUGAUUGGCCAAAAUGGCAUUUGGCCUUGCCCCGUGCCGAUUUUAGUCAAUCCAAUGCUUUCCUUAUGGGAUAAACUUAUUUGUAAAGGAAUACUCCAACACUCUAACAACUUAAUUGAAAUAAAGUUAUGGUGUCAAGAGGUCCCUGGUGCCUACUUACCUUCAGGGGUUAAACCACUACAGGUAAGAAGUCAGAGGCUUCCUGUUUGAAGAAUCUAAAAGAAGCAGAUGGACAGGGGCAGUGUGAAACGAUCUUGUAACGUUUUUUUUUGUUUGUUUGUUUUUUGCCAGUUACCGCUCAUUGCUAGAAAAGGAAUAUGAGGAAGAGGAGACAUUUGGACAGAAAAGAACCGAUUAUGCAGCAUUUGAAAGGUCACGCCAUUCUGUGGCUAUAAGCGUAACUUCUACUACAACAGAAAAAAAUAUAACAUUAAGUGCGUCUGAUUCCUCUAACUUCCUCAGAGAUAAAUCUUCGGGAAAAGGAAAUCCUACAUUAUCAGGCUCCAAGUCCAUUUUACGUGAGCUAAAGCAGAGCGUGGAGGACCAGUAUGUUAGUGUAAAUUUUAAUGUUAUGGGCAACACACAUCCGAAAGAAGACUUGCCUUCUGAGGAGAAUUUUGACUCAGGAGUCCAAGAUAUAUGUGAUAUAUCUUUUGGCAACACAGAUGCGUUUUCCUGUCGAUCUAGCAAUGAGGAUGAAUGCAAUAGUAUCGUGGAUAUUUUGCCUGGCAAUGUUGUGGAGAAACAACUAUUAUGCAAAAGUUGUCAAAGUCUUAAAAACAAAGUCAUAAAAAACAAAACUACAGGCAUCAAACUAUUUAAAAUAUUUGGUAAGUUUCCCACCCUUACACCCCCCCUCCUGAGAUGUUACAUACAUACUCAUAUUUUCUCUCUCUCUCUCUCUCUCUCUCUUUCUUUCUUUCUUUCCUGUGUCUUUUGUAGUCUACUAAAAGAUAAUAAAUAGAAGCCUUCUAGGGAUUGCACUGCAAGAGUUACUUCAAUUUCAUUCAUUGUAUGCUUCCUACUAUAAAAUAUGAACAGCUAACCUACAGAGAACUAAGUCUUAAGUACCACCACAUUUUUUUUUUGUAACAAAUGUGAAAAUACUGCAGUUUGGGCGUGAAAUGCAGAAUGGGCAUAUGGAACAAAUAUUAUAUAAUCAUUACAGCAGCUUGUGUAGGUGUCUGGGUCUCAGUUGCCCACUAAAUGCUGUCAGUAGGUGAGCUUUGUACAUACACUGAUGUUGAAGUCUUUUAAUGAAAUCUGGGUGGGGGUGGGGAGGGGCUAAUGAGACAGGCUUAUGGUGUAUAAAUCUGCAAAACAUUUAUUUAUUUAGCAAGAACUACAAAGGUUUGAACAUUCCAUAGCAAAAUAAGUUUGGUACCUGCAAUUUCUAAUAUUGAGAUGUCUGUGUAGGUUUUUACAUCAUAACUAUUGUUCUAAUGCAUUAUUGGGAAAAAAAUAAGUAAUAAUAAAGUUGUAUUCUCUUUGUUCUAGAUCCUAACCAUUGGUGCAGUGACCAUUGGAUGCUGAAGAACACAGGUCCUCAAAAUGAUACUACUCCACACUUAGGAACAAAGAGGUAUAGUGCCGGAAAUAACUUGUUUUUAUUAUUUCUCCAGCCUACAGGUUUGAGAAACAACACGAGAAGUGUAGUAUGCUCCUUGAUUUGAAUUACUCUCCAGCUCCUUGAUUUGAAUUACCUCUUCAAAGCCCUCCAUCCUUGAACUGCAAUGAAAUGCUGUGAGUGCUGAAGGUGACGUAGGUCAGUUCUCUCAGCCUGCCAUUAUCUUUCAAGGUUGGAUGCAUAAUGCUGAAAGGGCAUUGCUGGACUUAAAAAAAAAAAAAAAAAAAAUACCUGGGGUUUGAGCCCAAAACACAACUGUUGACCCCAAAACACAACUGUUGACCCCUCCCACAUAUUGUUGAAGCUCCACUGUCUCACCCUGCACCUCCCAAACACCUACAUGAUAAACCUCUUGACACAGUCACAAAUGCACAGACCGAAACAUAGACCGGCACAGUUAUGCACAGAUAGUGAAAGACAGGCAAAGUCACAGACAUACAUACAUAUGAUUAAAACAAAAUUCUGACUCCCUUCCAAAUACCUUGGAGGUUGUCUUCCUGCAAGGGAGGAAGGCAGGUUGCCAGCUGGUUAACUUUUUUCAGGGCUUAGUUAGAAGCUUCCCUGUAUAGUGCUGGCAGUGUGUCACCAGCCCUGCGCUUCGUUGUGUAUUUGAGGAUCCAGAACAACCUUGGUAAAAUAUUAUUUAAUUGCUUUACAACAGGAGCGGAUCUCCAGAUGUUGUCCUAGAAUGCUUUUACAAUGACAAAGCAUCAUGGAAGCUGUAGUUUGAAAACCUCUGGGGAUGUACCUUUUGGGCACCCCUGUAGAGCAUAGUUUAAAAAAAACACACAUUAACAAUGAACCUCACUGAGUUUUAUUGCAAUGAGACAUUGUAAUGUAAUAGAGAUUACUUGAACAGAAUUCUACAGCAAUACAUUUUCCAUACUGUAAAAUGAAUUUAUUGAUGCAUUUGUGUGGAAUGUUACUGUGUUGUCCGUGUACUUAAAUAUAGAGGUGUGUGUGUGUGUGUGUGUGUGUGUGUGUGUACAGAAUGUUGUGCAUCGCACCCUCCACAAUGGUACAGUCCAGCAUUGGGGACCUGGUAAUCAUGAGUGGUGAGUGCUGUGAAUUUGUCCAAGAUUCCCCAUAGGAGAGCAUUGUAUUCAGUGCUUUCCUAUGAGAUUCCGCACCAAAUGACCAAGUUUUACUCUCAGUGCAAUGGAAGCACUUCUAAUGGCUGUUAGACAGCAGUAGAGCUGGAUUUAACCCUGCUAUGUAAACAUUUCAGUUAAACAUAUUUUACAGUGACAGGUUCACUUGAACAUAACUGACUUUAGUCUCCCUUUAAGUGUGGUGCAUUUGAAGUUUGUGUAAAGUCUGUGUAAUCACAUUUGAGUUACAGCCGGAGGAGGAUGAGAGAGACACAGGGAAUAUGAUGGUGUCCUGUUCGCUAUCAUUGUGCUGCUUCCACAUCCCAGCUGACUCUAUUACUCACUCAUUAAGGAGACCUGGUAGGGAAAGCAAAGUGCAGGUAAAAUGAUUAAUUGGUAAGGGGCCCCUGCUAACAAAGCCCCUAGGAAUUGUGGAGAGUUGACACAAGAAACAGGUUAUAGGACAAAAUGAUCUCAUCUGUUCUAAACUAACCUUUUCCUAUUGUUACAAAUACCCAGUUUAGCUGAUAGCAGUGACAAUUUGAACAUUAUUUAACACAUAAUUAUUAAGCAUCAUGGGCAUGCUGCACUGAUUAAAGGAAGCAUGUACACCCACAAAUUUUAUCAUGAUCUUUAAUGAAAUGUUUUGAUGACACUAGUUUGGUUUACAUUAUAUGCUACUGAAAGGAGUAGAAAUGGUGGGUAGGCAAAGGUUGCAGCAUUUGAGAACCUACAAGUUUUUGGGUAAAGAGAAGUGAUAGCUCUAGCUGAUCUGUUAUUUUUUUUAUGAAUCUUGCCAUUCUACACAUUUGAGUUUAAUAAAUUAACCCUAAUUAAGGGAAAGAAAACUUUCAGAUCUUACUAAAUAUUUACACACUUUAUUUAGGUGGAAACAAAUUACAAGUAUAUCAAGAUACUACAUAAGGAACUUUUUUUUUUCUUUUUCUUAGAACUAUUAGCAAAGCACUUAAGAAUAUUGCAGCACUUAAAUUAAAUCUGCCAAUGAAUACUCACAGAAUAUCCUUCAAAUGUAGUAGACCACAUUCAUUCCUUCAGAGGUAAGUAAAAAGAUCAAAAGUGCAACAUACAUCUCUAUUUUGUAAUGAAAAUUGAAAAAUAAAACACCUGAUGUGGAAGCAUCAGAGGUGCUUAAUUAGCCAGAUGGUGAAUCCAUCUCAAGUGGUCCAGCAUAGAUUGCUUAGUCAUUGUAUUUGUUUUUAUAGUUUCCUAAUUUUUCUGAGUGAUUACCUCCUAUAUUUUGCUAAUGCAAAACCACUAGAUAUUUAUUUACCCGGCGCCAUCUUUGUGUCAUGGCACAUGACAAAUUUUGUUUACACAUACGUGUGCAGAAAACUCAAUAUCUCAGCUCAUGAUUGUCCUAGCUCCUGCGACCAUAAUUUUUUUUAAAAAGUAAUCCAUCCAAAAAAGAAAGGUCAAGGAACCAACUUUACAAUUAUUGUUAGACCACAUGCCUUGGACUGACCCCAGCCUGGAACCGGGCUGAAUAUGGUAAAUUCUGUGCAUAUUCCUAUGCACAGAAUUGCCAGAGUGGUCCGCUGACAUUCUCAGCCAAUAAAUGACCAGCAGGAGUGACACUUAGCUUCUGCUGCUCUGCAGAGCAAGAAGUCAUCACUGGCCACAGGAGGACCCUUGAUAACUGCCAGGGGGCACAAAUAAAAGAGUAAUCCAUCACAAAGGGGUUUGCCCCAUUCCCAGAAAACAGGGCUGAGGUACUCCUGUCAUAGUAACUAUUAUAAAUUCUAAAGAGACUGUGCAACAAAGGAGAUUUAGACUUUAGAUAGGAAAUGUUUAGGGAGACUGUAAAUAAAUGCACUCUUCUUUUCAGAAAUCUUUUCCUAUGUAAAAUGGCAAAGCAGAAUCUUUGCAAUGUGCCUCUAAAACAGCAGCAGAGAACCAGUACUAACUACAAUGCAAAUAAACAGAGACAGAAAAAGACCGUUUCAAAACAGCCAUACAUGCUUGUAGUCGGUAAAAAUCAGGAUGAAGACUCUGACAAAGAUGGGAAGAGAGGCAAGUUAAAGGCUAAUAAGAAAAUGUUGAUAUCUGACACAUCUCCUCCUCGAAAUGGAGAUCGUCCUCUAGCGCCCACUUCAACCACAAAGAAAAAGUUGCCUCGACUUGAAAAUAGAAACAUUUUGCCAUCAAAGGAUUAUACUGUUACGUCACUAUGUAAUAAUAAAGACUUGUUGGAAAAUGAAUUUCAGGAUCCCUUCUCAUGGGUCGAUGGAGGAAGUUUUCGAGACAUGCUAGCUCACCUCAACUCAGGUCGUUCAAAUAGUGCUAUAAUUAAGGAACAUUGAGGUGGUGUUUUCAAUAAUCCAGCUGACGUGUUAUACUUUGUCAGUUUGAUAAAUUUCAAAACCGUUUGUGCAAUAGCUACUGUUCUAAAAUAGUUUGAGUGCAAAUUACACCCACUCUGUUCUAUAAACAUUUAAUUUUGACUAAGUCUGUGUACCUUUUUAUAUGUCCUGUUAUGAAUUUAACUGUAUUGCACAUGUUCCUCUUUGUUAAAUUAAUAAAACAUGCAUUGUGGUUUUUAUUAGAAAGGAAGAGACAUGUUGUAUUUGGUCUCUCCAUUUCUAGCAUUUACGCGAACAUGAAUGCUAAAGUCAUAUUUUGACAUGAAUAUACUAGGGAACAUGUUCAGAAAUUAUGAGAAAACUGCAAGUGUAGCUGAUUUGGAAGACUGUUCCAGCUCUAUUUUAACCAAACAUGAGCAAUUUCCUUUUUCAGAGAAUGCACUUGGGAGUCUGGCAAAACAUGAGUAAUGUAGGCCAUCCCUCACAUUUUGAGGUAGAAUCUUAAAGGAAAAUUAUUUCAUACUUACCGUAAUUUUCUUUUCCUGACCCUUAUUCAUGGCAGCAUUUACUCAUGGGUUUGCUCCUCCCCUCACAGCAGAAAGGACAGGAAAUAGAACUUUGAAACUGGUAUAAAUAGAUCCUUCCCAUCAGGCAGUCUUUGUAACUAGCUUCACAACUCAUAAUAUGGGUGGGAACAUAAUGCUGCCAUGAAUAAUGAUCAGGAAAAGAAAAUGACGGUAAGUAUGAAACAAUUUUCCUGACCAUUAUUCAUGGCAGCAUUUACUCAUGGGGAAUACCCAGAGUUCAAAAACACCUAAUAGCUAUAAAACCAUUAUUGAGCUGUAUAAAUCUUAGAAGAUUUUACAAAGCCAAACAAGAAUCAAUAGGAUAUUGUCAUAAAAUCUGCUCAGACAAGUUAAUUUUCCCUAGAGGCUGCAAGAUCAGCAACCUCCUGGCAUUCAAUAUCCUGAAUAAAUAUAGAGUCAGAUAGGAAUUAAGGCCAUGAUAGCAUACGCUAGAGAAGGAUAAUGUCAUGCUGAUAUAAAAUUUUAAACCAAAUUGACAUCAUCAAAUCAGUACCUCGACAAAGGCAUAACUUCCAGAGAUCAUACUGGAACAAGCAGAUAAUGUUGGAUGAGAACAGACACACCAUGCUAUUAAACACGGGGAGAAUUACACUGAGAAUCCUACUACGUACUGGAUGUAUUUAUUAAAUACGAUUCACACUGCUUCCUCUUGCCUAGUGAACUACUUACCUGAAGAUACAGGAACAAAUCAAUAUCUGCCUGUCAGAAAGAGGCAGAGCCUAGUAGAGAAAUAAGAGUCUGUUAUUAAAACACUGCAACAAUAACCUUAUGUUGCAAAAAAAAAAAUCAGACUCACAACAAUACCUCACACCGUGGAUGAAUUGAUACAGGAAUGAUCAGUCACAGGAGAGGAAUAAACCAAUAACAUUACUAG